AUUUGGCUUCAGCCGUGCCUUACCUAUGUUUACUGCGCAUCCAGGGUCGAAUCCUGUUGACCAUCAUGGACUUUGUCUGCUUUCCCUCGAUGGCGGAGGCGUGCGAGGACUAUCAAGCCUCCACAUUGUAAAAUGUAUCAUGUCCUUGAUCAAUUCGCAGCAUCAUCAGUCUGAACCUCUGAAGCCAUGCGACGUGUUCGAUAUGAUCGUCGGCACUAGUACAGGCGGACUCAUCGCGAUCAUGCUUGGUCGACUCGAAAUGGACGUUGAUGAAUGCAUCGAUGCCUACAGCGAGCUCAUGGAAUCCAUUUUCAGCGAAAAGGCUCGCAGCAUUCCCAUCGACUGGUCAUUGAAGAUUCAAGCCCAGUACGAUUCAAGCAAGCUCCGAGCCGCGAUCGAGAACGUCAUUAUUCGAACAGAGGCUUCUCCAACGGACCUCCUCAAUGAUGGGGUCACUCGACGCUGCAGGACGUUUGUUUGUGCAACGGCGAAAGAGACCCUGAAAAUCACUCGAUUACGAAGCUACGGUCCCCAAGGCGAAAAAACCCCGUCGCCAACGAUAUGCGAGGCUGCGCUUGCGACGUCAGCAGCUACAAAGUUCUUCGACACUAUCAGGCUUGGAGAUGGACAAUAUGUCGACGGGGCAUUCGGAGCUAACAACCCUGUCGAGGAAAUGGAAGAAGAAGCCUGCGAUAUUUGGUGCCCGUCAACCCGAGACCUAAAGCCACUGGUAAAAUGUUUGUUAUCCAUCGGAACGGGGAAGCCAGCAACAAGGCCGAUCGAAGAUAACAUAUGGAAGUUCAUCUCAAAGACUCUGGUGACGCUAGCCACGAAACCCGAAGGACUGGAGCGACGGUUCAUAGCACGGUGGAGGAAUGAAUGCAAAGAUGGGCGUUGUUAUCGAUUUAAUGUCGAGCAGGGGUUGCAAGACGUGCAUAUGACGGAUUAUCAGAGUCGGAGCUUGAUUGAGACGGUGACUCAGGAUUACCUUCAUCUUCCGCGACAAAAGUCUCAAAUUGCAAAGUGUGUUAUGAAUUUGGUUGAGAAGCAAGGUAAAACGGGAAUUGACAUCGCGACGAUUGUCAAGGAGUAUAAAUUGCAAACGAUACGUCUUGAGAUACGAAAUGAGAUAAAUCUAUCAGGCAAUCCAAUCUUGCGAAGAGCUUCAUGCUGGAUGGUACCUUUCGAGCGAAAUCCUAGUUAUGUCAAUCGGACCCACCUCGAUCAGAUCAAAAGCGGACUAUUUCGCAACGAAAUAAUGGCCAGGGCGGCCUUGUGCGGUCUAGGCGGUGUUGGAAAAACCCAGAUAGCUAUCGAGCUGGCAUAUCAAGCUCGAGAGCAGUUCAGCGAUUGUUCAAUCUUCUGGAUUUCUGCAGUCAACCACGAAAGCAUUCACCAAGCCUAUGUGAGUAUGGCAGAUCAGCUGGGUAUAGAAGUUUCAGAUGUAGAGAAAGACGACCUACCGCGACAUAUCAAUGAAUAUCUCAGUCAAGAAAGUAGCGGCAGGUGGCUUCUGAUCUUUGACAACGCCGACGACAUCGAAACAUGGAGCACUGAUGGUGCAUCUGCCCCGGAAAUGAGCAAAGUGACGCUACCACGAAGUCCUUCUGGGGCAAUUCUGUUUACUACGCGAAGUCUGAAAGUUGCCAGGCAUCUCGCAUCUCAGUGGGUUGUUGAGAUUCCAGAGAUGGAUGAAGAGAGUGCAAUAAACCUACUUGAGGUUCAUCUAUUCAAAAGGUCUCUUGUCAAAGACUACAAAGUCACCAAGGAAUUACUCGAGCGACUUACUUAUCUCCCACUGGCCAUUGUGCAAGCAGCCUCGUUCAUGAGCGAGAAUGGUUGCGAUAUCUUGACAUACAUAUCCCUGCUAGACAGCCAUGAACAACAAGCUAUCGAUCUUCUGAGCGAGGACUUCGAAGAUAGAGGAAGAUAUAAGAGUAGUCGAAAUCCAAUCGCUACUACAUGGCUCACGUCUUUUUCUCAAAUUCACCGGCAAAGCCCGAUUUCUGCAGACUAUCUGUCACUCCUAGCAUGCAUGGAUUAUUCCAACAUACCUGUCUCGUUUCUUCGAUUCCCAACUGCCAUUGAGCAUCAACGAGCGCUCGGUGUCUUGCAAUCGUACUCUUUCAUUCGUCUUAGACCUGAGAAGGGAUUUCUUGAUAUGCACCGAUUAGUCCACCUUGCCAUGCGAAAUUCGCUGAGGUCUGCUGGAUCUUUGCAAGAAUGGCAAUCUAAGACGAUACAGUGUCUUUCUCAAGUGUUCCCUCAUCCAACGGAGAUAGGUCACAGUUCUACCAAAAUCUGGAGGUCGUAUCUCCCGCAUACACUUUCUAUUCUUGAAGCAACAUCAAAUGACAAGAAGGCGGGGCACCGGGACUUGAGACUUGGUCUAAUGGCUAAGUCUGCAAUAGCUCUACGACAGGACGGCCGGUUGAGCGAAGCAGAAAAAUGCACUCUUACCUUAAUCAAACACCACAAGGAAGUGGACGGCGCAGAUCAUCCUGAAACCAUUCGAUCUGUCUGGAUUCUUUCAACCAUCUACACAGUCCAGGCUCGCUGGGAAGAAGCGCGCAAUCUACUGAGCCAGAUUCUGCAUAGCCAGGUUAAACUGUACGGUAGUGGAUGUCGUGAGAUCUCUCAGACUAUGUCGACUCUCGCUUUGGUCCAAGGAAAGCUUGGAGAGACAAAUAUUGCGGAAUGGUUGGCUUAUUGGGCAAUUAGGGGGGAACUGCGAGAACUCAAACGAGGACCACGGAAUGUCCUUGUAACUAUGACCUAUAUGAUUAAUAUUUACUUGGCACAGGGGCGAGUAUCCGAUGCCACGGCUAUGGCUGAGCUUAUUCACUCCAUCACAUUGAAGACAUGUGGCCCCGACCAUCCAGAUACAGUGGCCGCUGAGGGCAUUCUCGGGUUAACCUAUCAGCAGCAAGGCAGAUGGAAGGAUGCCGAACGUGUUGCGACAAAGACAUUCCAGAGAAGCAAGGAUAUGCUUGGGCCCAAUCAUCCCGCAACUAUCGACCAGAUGAAUUGUUUGGCGCACAUCAUCAAUAGACAAGGACGAGUCGCCGAGGCGACGGCGUUGAUGGCAGAAUAUGCCGAUUUAUGCACUCGCGUGCUAGGGCCAAACAGCUCCGAUACCCAAAACGCGCUGAAGAUACUUGUUGAGUGGAAGAAUAACAAGCCGCUUCAUCACCGUCUUGUUUCCCGCUUCAGUCAUGCCCAUCGAGCUAUGGCAAUCAUGGAAAAACGAUCACUUAAUCCACGCGCUCGACUGUAUGGUGGCCUCUACUGUCCACGGCGCCCUAUAAAGGAUGACACAUUAACACGGGAGAUUAAGAGCGCCUUUGAUGAAUUUUUCAGGGUAGAACGGGGCGAAGACGUAGAGAUUUCGUUGCAAGGGGGAUUCGGGGAUGGAAGGUCUUCAUUGGCAAGCUCGGAAAAGAUUGAGUAUCCGGCCCAUGUGGUGCGGCGCCACACUUCUGAGUCUACUCGUUAUUUUGGCGGUGGUCUCUCAUUGAAGGCGUCUUCUAUAUUUGCGUGACUUGAUCUGUGGACCGAUGGUAGUUUCUACAGGUCACUCUCUCGUGCUACUCAGGAGCCUUCAGUUAGUGAGCACAUCUCUCAUAUCUCCAGUGAAAACAAGUCCAAGCAAGUUCUAGGGAAUAGUCUAGUUUAUAUCGG